AUGGAGGAAGAGCGCAAUGAUACGAAACUGCCGCUGUUGGAUGGGUGGAAGCUCAGUGGGAGCGGGCGCCGUGGCCGACUCAGUCGCCGGAACUCGGUGAACUCGCUCAGAAACGAUUUUAUUGCGAGACUCCCCGACAAGGUCCGUUCCGUUGUUGAUCUCGAGUCCUUCUCUCUUCACGAUCUCUCCAAAAUCCCUGACCUAACCCAAGGAGAAAAGGAAUACUAUGAGAGACAAUUUACAACCUUAAAAUCAUUUGAGGGAGUUGAUUCUGUGGUGACCUCUGAAAGCAUUGAUGAAUAUGAUGAUGAAGAACAAGCCCAACAGGAAAGAGCAAUGAAGAUAUCAAAUUAUACAAACAUCAUAUUGCUGGCAUUGAAGAUUUAUGCUACCGUAAAAAGUGGAUCCCUAGCAAUUGCUGCAUCAACACUCGAUUCCUUGCUUGAUCUCAUGGCUGGUGCCAUUUUGUGGUUCACUCACUUGUCAAUGAAAAACGUGAAUAUUUAUAAAUAUCCUAUUGGAAAGUUGAGGGUGCAGCCGGUGGGCAUAAUAAUCUUUGCUGCUAUCAUGGCUACACUUGGAUUUCAGGUGUUGAUUCAGGCCGUGGAAGAAUUAAUUCAGGAUGAACCUCCUGGAAAGAUGACGUCAGAUCAAUUGAUAUGGUUAUACUCAAUUAUGAUAACUGCUACUGUUGUAAAAUUUUCCCUCUGGAUUUACUGCAAAAACUCAAGAAACGACAUUGUCCGUGCGUAUGCAAAGGAUCACUAUUUUGAUGUGGUGACAAAUGUAGUAGGAUUACUUUCAGCCAUUCUUGGGGAUAAGUUCUACUGGUGGAUUGACCCUGCUGGUGCCAUUGUCCUUGCAAUUUACACGAUCUCAAAUUGGUCCGGAACCGUUCUGGAAAAUGCAGUGUCACUCAUAGGACAAUCAGCCCCUCCUGAGGUAUUGCAGAAAUUGACAUAUCUUGUCAUAAGGCAUCCACAAGUUAAGCGUAUUGACACUGUCCGCGCUUACACUUUUGGCGUUUUGUACUUUGUAGAGGUUGACAUUGAACUCCCAGAAGAGUUGCCUUUGAAGGAAGCACAUGUCAUAGGAGAGACCCUACAGAUAAAGAUUGAGAAACUUCCUGAAGUUGAACGUGCAUUUGUUCAUAUUGAUUACGAGUGCUAUCACAAACCAGAGCACUCUGUACUUAUUAGGCUGCCUGACAGUGAGCCUUGA